GGUUCGCCCGGGCGCCGUUCGGUUCGCCCCGGUGCGACGGGCUGGGAGCGCCGCCAGGUCCCGGGCUGCCGUGCCGGGGCUCGGCUGUGCAUGGGGCUCCCCAACGUGCCUGCAGUGCCGUCACCGAGAGGAAUGCCGAAACGAAGGGGCUAAUGAGCACCAGAGAGGGAGGAUCUAUAACUUCCAGAUGGCAACGAGCCCGUAAUCCCUUUAGGAUGAAUUAGGGACUCGUCAACGCAGCAGAGCCUGCUGAAGGGAGCAAAGCACACCACCUCUGGUUCCAGGAGUGCUGUGAGAGGCUGAGGGCAUUCCAAUGCUGCCAGCGCUGGACACCCUACCCCAAGCUGCCUGGCUUUGUCUCACAGAGUUCUGGUGCUGCUGGGAGCCUGUCCCCGAGCACUGAAGUAGUUUUUGUUUUAACUGAUUGCAUGUUCUCCAGCCAAUCCCCAUCUGGGUCCUGCUCCUCCUGAUGCAGAAAGGGACUUCUGCCCUUAACAGAAAGACUUCUUUCUUCUGGUUUUUAUGCCCUGUGGGAUUGUAAAGUGUACUUCUUCCUGGAUUUCAUCUCUCAUCAAAGAGUGUUUUGAGGAAUUAGGGGCUUAUUCCCAUGGCUUUAUAAACCUCGGGAAUCUGAGGGUUUCUACGUUGCCACUGCUCCCACCUGCCCGCGAUGGGGCGUGAGCAGGAGCUGAUCCAGGCCGUGAAGAACGGGGACGUACCUGGCGUGCAGAAACUGGUGGCCAAGAUCAAGGCGUCCAAGAGCAAGCUCCUGGGAUCUGCCAAGCGCCUGAACGUGAACUACCAGGAUGCGGACGGGUUCUCAGCACUGCACCACGCAGCCCUGGGCGGCAGCCUGGACCUCAUCUCGCUGCUGCUGGAAGCACAGGCUACCGUUGACAUCAAGGACAGCAACGGGAUGCGGCCCCUGCACUACGCAGCAUGGCAGGGCCGCGUGGAGCCCGUGCGGGUGCUGCUCCGCGCCGCCGCCUCCGUCAACAUGGCCUCGCUGGACGGACAGAUCCCGCUGCACCUCUCAGCACAGUACGGCCACUACGAGGUGUCAGAGAUGCUGCUCCAGCACCAGUCGAACCCGUGCCUCAUCAACAAGGCGAAGAAAACCCCGCUGGACUUGGCCUGCGAGUUUGGGCGGCUGAAGGUGGCCCAGCUGCUGCUGAACAGCCAUCUGUGUGUCGCCCUGCUGGAGGGACAAUCCAAGGAUGCCACUGACCCCAACUACACCACUCCACUGCAUCUGGCAGCCAAGAACGGGCACAAGGAGAUCAUCAGGCAGCUGCUGAAGGCUGGGAUUGAGAUCAACAAGCAGACAAAGACAGGCACAGCCCUGCACGAGGCCGCGCUCUACGGCAAAACAGAGGUGGUGCGGCUCCUGCUGGAGGGUGGAGUUGAUGUGAACAUUAGGAACACCUACAACCAGACAGCACUGGACAUCGUCAACCAGUUCACCACCUCACACGCCAGCAAGGACAUCAAGCAGCUGUUGAGAGAGGCAUCAGGAAUCCUGAAGGUCCGAGCUUUGAAGGAUUUUUGGAACCUCCAUGACCCAACUGCUCUCAACAUCCGAGCAGGAGAUGUCAUCACGGUCCUGGAGCAGCAUCCAGAUGGCCGAUGGAAGGGGCACAUCCACGAUGCUCAGAAAGGCACCGACCGGGUCGGGUACUUCCCCCCCUCCAUUGCUGAAGUCAUCAGCAAGCGGACAGGCAUGGUUGUCCCCCGCGUGGCACCCGCGCAGCAGCGCCAGGGUCCCCCUGGGGCCCUCCCAGCCCCCCCUGGGGGUCUGCAGCACCUCCCUGACGAGUGUCCACACCCAGCAGCCCCGAGCGGCCCCGCGGCCUUUGGUCACCUCACCCUAACCCGGAUGGCCCCAGGCCCUGACAGCUCAGCAGGAGACAGGAACAGCGUGGGCAGCGAGGGCAGCAUCGGCAGCAUCCGCAGUGCCGGCAGCGGCCAGAGCACCGAGGGCACCAAUGGGCAGAGCACCAGCAUCCUCAUCGAGAAUGCCAGGCCUCUGCCCUCCACUGGUGACAACCUCCAGCAACACCUUUUGGGAUCAGAGCCACACAAUGGGACCUCCCCAGCAGGGCCACAGGGCCUCCAGACCCCAGGCAGCUGCCCUCCUGGAGACAGGGUCUUCUCCCAACAGUUCUUGCGUCCUGAGCAGCUCUUCGAGGGGAAGGAUGCAGAAGCCAUUUACAACUGGCUGCGUGAGUUCCAGCUGGAGUCAUACACUGUCAACUUCCUCAACGCUGGCUACGAUGUCCCCACCAUCAGCCGCAUGACCCCGGAGGAUCUGACAGCCAUCGGUGUGACCAAACCAGGCCACAGGAAAAAGAUCUCUACAGAAAUUGGGCAGCUCAGCAUUGCUGAGUGGCUGCCCAACUACAUCCCGGCUGACCUGAUGGACUGGCUCAGUGCCAUUGGGUUGCCCCAGUACCACAAAAAGCUGGUGAACAAUGGCUACGAUUCCAUCACCAUCGUGACGGACCUGACAUGGGAGGACCUGCAAGAGAUUGGCAUCAACAAGCUGGGCCACCAGAAGAAGAUCAUGUUGGCUGUCAAGAAGCUCAGAGACCUCCGCAAAAGCCUCAAUCAAGCAGAAGCAACUCUGGCAAGACGCAAAGUCCCCGGUUCCCUGGACAUUGUCACCAUUGAAUCACUGGAAAAUGGGGAGUGCCAGUCCCCACACACGCUCAAAAUGACAACCUUCCAGGACAGUGAGCUCAGCUAUGAGCUCCAGACGGCCAUGUCCAACAGCUGCCAUGACACAUUGGGCAUCAAGAGCAGCCAGGGAAUGUCACGGAGCCAGGAGAGCAUCGGGGUGCGGUCGCGGGGCUCAGGGCACUCGCAGGACAAUGUGCUGUCCCGGCGCCUCUCCAGCCCCUCGCAGGAGAGCCUGGGCAGCGGCGAGAGCAGCAGCAGCAGUGGGCAGUCCUGUGCACCCCCCCGCAGCAAGGAGAGCCCAGCCAGCCUGCCGGGCCGGCCCAGCCCUGAGCCCUAUGGGAAACUCGUGUCCCCCGAGGGGCUGAACGGCUUUGCCAAUGGUGGCGGUGGGGGCAGCCCUCUCAAGGAAAGGAACCUGCCCGAAGGAAUGGAUCAGUACACCUGGCCCGUGGCUCAGAAAGGAGCCGAGACUCCAGCAGUCACUCCCUGUACUCCUCCCCAGACUCCCAGCAAGGGAACAGCCCCAUACGUCUUCAUGUACCCACACGUCUCCCUGAAAUCCCCAACGACCCCGUCCAUCCUGGGACCAGAGCAGCCCAAGGCCUUAGCACAUUUCCCCUCCAUCUCCCCUGGACAGAAGAGCAGCCUGCAGACGUCAGCCCAAAAAGGCUUCUUCUACCUUCACAGCCAGUGUGGCCCCACAGAGCCACCCACAACUGGGGAGCAUCACAAUGGAGGCGAAGGCUUGAAACACAAGAAGCGCUCGCACAGCCUGAACCGCUAUGCGCUGUCGGAUGGGGAGCAUGAGGAGGAGGAGGGGGCCCCCAGCAGCACCCUGGGCUCCUAUGCCACCCUGACACGGCGGCCGGGCCGCAGCCAGAUGCCGCGGGCCUGUCUGCAGGCGGAUGCCAAGGUGACCCGCAGCCAGUCCUUCGCCAUCCGUGCCAAGCGCAAGGGCCCUCCACCGCCACCUCCCAAGCGCCUCAGCUCUGUGUCCAGUGCCCUCGCCGCCGAGGCCGAUGGUGAGCAGCCCCCCAGCCCCGAGUGCCAGCCCACAGCCGCUCAGGAUGUGGUUGACACAAGUGCCACCCCCAGUGAUGCUGGCCGUGGCAGGACAGUGAAGAGCCUGGCAGCUGCGCUGGAGGGGACACCAGGUGUGAGUCCUUCCAAGCCCCUCUUGGCCCCAAAACCACUGCACAUGACUCAGGACUGUUUCCCCCGGGCAGAUGUGGGUGAGAGAUCCCACGACAGCAGUGACGCCAGCAGUGCCACACUUUCCAGUGGCAGCAGGGACCCCUUUGAGAGUGGCAAGCCACGGAGACGGACAGUGAGUGAGCCCAGCACUCCUAUGACAGAGGUGGCUGCGCAGAGUGAGCAGGAGGAUGCCUGCUCAGACACAGAGGAGGAGGCCAAGCCGGGGGUCUCCUCUUCAUCAUCCCAGAACAGCUCCAGUGAAUGCAUCCCCUUUGCAGAAGAAGGCAAUUUAACCAUCAAACAGCGGCCAAAGCCCAGUGGGCAUUCCAAGGCUGACGCAGCUGUGCCGGACAUGGAGCCUGGUUCCCAGCCAGCAGAGCCCCAGGGCUCCGCUGAGAAGGAGCCAACAGUCCACGCUGUCACUAAGGAGCCGCCCGUGCUGGAGUUCAAUCUCACCGAGUCGGACACGGUGAAGCGCCGGCCGCGCUUCAGGGAGCGGGAGCCACUGCAGGCGGUGCUGAAGGCGUUCAGCAUGGCGGGGCAGGCAGAGGCGGGAGGCACCUCCACACCCCAGUAUGCCCAGGCCCAAGCCGUGAGCAUCGCAGGCCCCCCCAACUCGGCACCAGCACCACAGCCCACACUGGCUAGGGAUGCCUUUGACGAUGACAGUGUGGAGUUCAGGAUUGCUGAGAUAGAAAAAAGCAUCUUGUCGCUGGAGAAAGGGAUGAAGAAGGCCCCAAGCCCCACCAAAGCCCCCAGCCCCACAGAGCUGGUUGGCACGGCUGUGGUGAGGACACCCACUCCAGGUAUGGGGGCUUGUGGAGCUGUCUUCAAGGUAGUGGUGGUGGGGCUCCCUCCCAUGUUGGUGUGGGAGGUGAGAAGAACCUGUGCCACCACCUACCAUGAGUCCCCUUCCUUUGCAGAUGUCCCUGCCAAGCACACCUCAGUGGCAUCCACCAAGCUUGUCUUCUCUGGACCCAAGACCAUCUACCAGCAGAUCCUGCAGCCCUCCCGCCACACUGUUGCUCCCUGGGCGGCCACUGAGGCGGUGCCUGAUGUGAUCGGGUCCCUGCCCAGUCCUGGCUCACUGACACUGGAAACAGGCAGCAAGGUAUCACCAAAGCCUUUGGCAGCUGCCCCGGGGGCCACUCUGGCCCAGCAGCGUCUGGAGCAGACCAACUCCAGCCUAGCUGCCACGCUGCAGGCAGCAGAGAAGAAAAUCACAGCGGAGGAGGCAGAGAGCCACUCUGGAACCGUGCACUUGGCCAAGAACAUCUUGGAAGACAUCAGUAACAUGUUCGACGACCUGGCCGACCAGCUGGAUGCAAUGCUGGACUGAGGCUUGCUCCCUCCUUCCCCUCCCCGCCCCUGGCUGCUCCAGCAGUGCCUCUCCUGAUGGAGGAAGAGUGGAUCCAGCACCGAGCAGGCUGAAGAGACCUGCCUGCAGGUCUCUCCAGCCGCCUUCCUCCCCACACUGCGGCUGGGAACAAAGCUGCCCUCCUUGCCCACCCUUGGCUCUGUGUCACAUGUGACAGCGUGGCCUUGGGCCUGUUUCUGAGGGGUCAGGCAUUUCCCACCAGACUGGCAGCAGGAGGAUAGCCCAAAGAGGCAGCAUAUGCAGUCCUGGAGGCCACGGAGAAGCCCUUUCUCCCUUGCACAGAGCUGAGGAGCCUCCACAAGGGACCUUUCUCUUUCCCUACUGCAUUGUCAGAGUCCUGUGUCUUAUUAUUUAUCCCCUGCCAACAAUGUGUCACAGGAGAGACCUCCCCGGGCAGCCGCCAGGGAGCUGGCAAUUCACUGUGCAGCCGCAGCCCCGGCCAGGCCUGACAGCAGCUAAAAGAAGACAGGGCUUGUUGCAAUUUGGCAGCUUGCAGAGCUAGAAGGAACCUUUCUGCUUUAUUUGCCGCUUUUCCAAACAUGUCAGCAUCGGGCAGUGUGGAAUCCAAGUGGAUCAAAAUCCCUCCAGUGGGACCCACAGACCCCUCGAGAUGGGGCUGGCACAGCCUGCAGAGCAGCGGAUGCUCUGCCACGGCCAUGCUGGACAUGUGAGCCUUCCUGCCCCUUCCCAGAGUGAUGAGGAUGGUAAUGGCAGUGCCAAAAAACCGGGAAUUUGGGCCAAUCUGUCUGGAUCAUGCUGCUCAAUGGAGUUUGCCCUCUGCCAACACAGUGCCUAUGCAAACCCCCACCCUGGUCCUUCCAGAGUGCAGCAGCAGCAGCAUGAUUAAUGCUUUUUAAAUUCUUUUCUCCCCUCCCUUAUCCCUUUUUUAGGGAGAAAACACCCCCUUUUCCCAGUGCCCCUCCCUGCAGGGAGCUGCUGGCACAAACCCCGCCGGGAGCACUGUUCAACAGUAGCAGCGUUUGGGACCUGAUCCUUCCUUCCCCGCGGCUCUGCAGCCCAGCGGGGGAGCUGACCCCGGAUGCACCGGGGAAUUCGGCUCAGGAGCAGUUCCCUCGACAUCCAGCGCGGCCACAGCCCGUAGCUGCGGCAGGGAACGGCUGUGAGAGCUCUCUGCAGCCAGGAGGGAGGAGCGGCUGCAUUGCUCCCAGACAGAUUUCUCUCGCAGGAUCUGCUCAGUAGUGCAUGGCUAAAUAUGUCCAAGAGCCCCGAACUUGGCUCGCGCUCGGCAUGCCAAGCAAAUGAAAGCAUCAGAGCACCAGAAGGGAACCGAAGAUUGUGCUGAAGUGCCAUUUGCUACAAAAAUUCCAAACAAAGGAAAAGAAAAUUCCAUGCAUUUCCCUUUCUUUAAAAAAAAAAAAAAAUCACCAAUGCAAAUCCAAACCAGAGAGGGAGAAGGUGGCUGAGAAGGCAGUUGCUUCCCAAUCCUGUUGGGAGUUUGCAGCUGGACUGGUAUGUUUGCAGCCCCUUGUGUUGUUGGAUAGAAAGGGGGGCAAAGCCCACCUGAACAUUCCUGAGGGUCUCUGCUCCUGAGGGCAGCUAUGCCGUGGGCUGGACAGGUAAGAGGUGCCAGCCUGGUUUCUGGGCUGAAAAGCAAAGACAAUAAGCCCUGAAAAAACCUAAAACCCUGUCGUUGUCCGGGACUUGAGGUCAGUGUGAGGCAGGUAAGACACUGCUUCCUGGCUCUGAUUUCUGUCCCACAGUGAAUGCAUCCACUGCCUGCAUCUGAGUGCCACAUCAUGGACAUGAUGAUUUCAAAUAGCUACAACCAGUGGCACUUUAUAAAGAGGUUCACAGAAACCUUUUAAAACUGAUUUUUACUCUCAUGGGUCAACCUGGGACAAGCCCAGUUGGUUUUUUUUUUCAAUGUUGAUAAACUGUAAAUGUUUGUUUUUUUUUUUUUUUAAAGGCCAAUGUAUAUAUUUUAAAUGUGAUUUAUUCUGUAUAUUUACUAACCAGAACUGUAAGUCUUGGGUCAGGGAUAAGAGGACACUGGGGUGGAGCUGCCACUGUCUGAGCCACCUGAGGGCAGCACAACGCUGCUCUCAUUGUCAAUAAGGGAACUAAACAUUUGAUUUUGCAGAAGAAUGCCUAUUUUUUGAGCUCUAGAUCUCUAUUUUGAAGCUACUGUAUGGUGUGUAAGUUAUGUACACUGCAACUGGGAGUAACUGACCCCAGCUGCACCUGCUCCGUGCAGCGAGACAGUGAGGGGAAAAAAUAGCCUGUGUAAUCACCAGACUGACAACAGAUUUUAAACCAUCUGCUCUGUUUGUGUUAAUCAUGUGUUUUAUUUUCCACUAACAUCCAUUAAGACUAAAUUCUAUUAAACAGUGGGGCAUAUUUUACCCUUUUGAUA